AUGGCAACGUUAAAGUCUGAUUUGGAUGAGUACUUAUUACAAAAUGAAAAUCGACGCAGCUACAAAAUAAGUUUACCAUUUUCUACUCCAAGUUUCUUCUCCCGAAGUAAUGAUGAGACGCCAACAAGUACUAGCACAACAAGCACAUGGUUUGAAAAUGUUCAAAAAGAAUAUUUCACUUUGAGCCGAACACAACGUUUCAUGGGAUUUGGAAUAUGUCUAUUUUUUGGCUUUCUUUGUUUUAUAUUAUCAUUUUUAUACAUACCUGUACUACUUUUACAAGCAAGAAAGUUUGCCCUCCUGUUUUCUUUGGGUAGUCUUUUCUUCAUUCUUAGUUUCAGUUUUCUGUAUGGGCCGUGGUCUCACUUGAAGUCUUUAUUCACCAAAGAAAGAGCGCUAACCACCUCUCUUUAUGGGUUUACACUCUUUGCAACAUUAUACUGUGCAUUGCAUUUACAAAGCACUCCGCUGACUGUGAUCUGUGCCGUCGGUCAGGUGUUAGCUUUAAUGUGGAUGAUGCUGGGCUCCAUCCCGGGAGGCUCGUCGGGAAUGAGAUUCUUUGGAAGCAUGUUUAAGUCCUCCGUCUCAAAUACAUUGCCUAUAUAA